GCACUUUAUUAUCAUCCAUUUUGUGGUCCGCAUCCGAGGCACCACUAGUUACGUGACUUUGCGGAGUAGAGCCUUCUUUCUUGUCAGAUCUUAUUUGUUGGAGCAGAGGGCGUAGAAGCAAGCGCAGCAGCCAUGGCCGGCAAGGGUGAGGGUCCUGCCAUCGGUAUCGAUCUUGGCACCACGUACAGCUGCGUGGGUGUGUGGCAGCACGAUCGUGUGGAGAUUAUCGCAAAUGACCAGGGUAACAGGACCACGCCCAGUUAUGUUGCCUUCACCGACACGGAGCGUCUCAUUGGUGACGCCGCCAAGAACCAAGUGGCCAUGAACCCCACCAACACUGUAUUCGAUGCGAAGAGGCUCAUUGGAAGGCGUUUUAGCGAUGCCUCAGUCCAGAGUGACAUGAAGCUAUGGCCUUUCAAGAUCACCCCAGGACCGGGAGAAAAGCCCAUGAUCAGCGUGAUGUACAAGGGUGAGGAGAAGACAUUCGCCGCUGAGGAGGUGUCCUCCAUGGUGCUCAUUAAGAUGAAAGAAAUCGCUGAGGCUUACCUUGGUUCGACUGUGAAGAACGCAGUGGUGACUGUCCCUGCUUACUUUAAUGAUUCGCAAAGACAGGCAACCAAGGAUGCCGGGGUGAUUGCCGGUUUGAACGUGUUGCGUAUUAUCAACGAACCAACCGCUGCUGCCAUCGCCUACGGUUUGGACAAGAAGGCUACCUCUGUAGGUGAGAAGAACGUCCUUAUCUUCGACCUAGGGGGCGGUACCUUCGAUGUGUCUAUUCUGACCAUUGAGGAAGGUAUCUUCGAGGUUAAGGCUACUGCCGGAGAUACUCACUUGGGAGGGGAGGACUUCGAUAACCGGAUGGUGAACCAUUUUGUUCAGGAGUUCAAGCGGAAGUACAAGAAGGAUAUCAGCAGUAACCCCCGUGCUCUUAGGAGGCUGAGGACCGCCGCGGAAAGGGCGAAGAGGACCCUUUCAUCGACUGCUCAAACCACUAUCGAGAUUGACUCGCUGUACGAGGGUGUCGACUUUUACUCUACCAUCACCCGUGCUCGAUUUGAGGAAUUGAACAUGGACAUGUUCAGGAAGUGCAUGGAGCCGGUGGAGAAGUCCUUGAGAGACGCAAAAAUGGACAAGUCUUCCAUCCACGAUGUUGUGUUGGUUGGAGGGUCCACCCGUAUUCCCAAGGUGCAACAGCUGCUUCAGGACUUCUUCAACGGGAAGGAGUUGUGCAAGUCUAUUAACCCUGACGAAGCCGUGGCCUACGGUGCAGCUGUCCAGGCUGCUAUUUUGUCUGGAGAGGGCAACGAGAAGGUCCAGGACCUUCUACUAUUGGAUGUUACCCCCCUGUCCUUGGGACUCGAGACGGCAGGAGGUGUAAUGACGGUGUUGAUUGCCAGGAACACGACUAUUCCCACCAAGAAGGAGCAGGUCUUCUCUACCUACUCAGACAACCAGCCAGGAGUGUUGAUCCAGGUGUACGAGGGAGAGAGGGCACGGACCAGGGACAACAACUUGCUCGGAAAGUUUGAGCUUUCCGGAAUUCCCCCUGCCCCGCGUGGUGUGCCCCAGAUCACCGUGUGCUUCGAUAUUGAUGCCAACGGUAUCUUGAACGUGUCUGCCGAGGACAAGACGACGGGCCAGAAGAAUAAGAUCACCAUCACCAACGACAAGGGUCGUUUGUCGAAGGACGAGAUUGAGAAGAUGGUGCAGGAGGCUGAGAAGUACAAGUCUGAAGACGAGGACCACAAGAAGAAGAUCGAGGCAAAGAACGGACUGGAGAACUACGCCUACAACAUGAGGAACACUAUCAAGGACGAGAAGAUUGCGUCGAACUUGGAUGCCGCCGACAAGAAGAAGAUUGAGGAGGCUGUGGAGGCUGCCAUCCAGUGGUUGGACCAGAACCAGUUGGCAGAGAGCGACGAGUUCGAUGACAAGAUGAAGGAAUUGGAGGGUAUCUGCAACCCCAUCAUCGCCAGAAUGUACCAGGGAGGUGCAGGAGGUGAGGGUGCUCCUCCAUCCUACGGAGGAAGCGACUCACCCCCAUCCGGUGCUGGCCCAAAGAUCGAGGAGGUCGACUAAAUGGAAUACGCAAAUACCCUAAUUUUUUGAUUGUGAGUUGGUUCUGUGUGGGAUUGUACACUUGACAAUUUUUUCGGUCAAUUCUUGCAUAAGAGACAGGAACGCCUCUCAUUGUCGAGAGGCGGGUGUAGACCCAGAUUCAAAUUUCAUUUUUUCUCCUGAAACAAUUUAUAAUUGAAUUGGUUAAUGAGAACCGAAAUCUCCUUGAUUCGUUAAUA